AGCCUCGAGACGAAAGCGGGCUCCGAGAACCACAUCGACGUGUGGUGAUCGCGAGGACGACGACGGGCCGAGUACCGCUGCGACGCCGUUAACUUCGCCGACACGCUCGCCACGUCCAUCGUCUUGUUCCUGCGUCCCGACUCAGAACUGACAACUACUUCAGAGCCAGAAAUAACAACAGUACUUACACCUACGCCGACGGUAACUGAAACAACAACAGAUGCAACUACAACAAGCACAAUAACAACAGAUGCUACAACAACAACAACAGAAACUACAACAACAGCAGCUCCAUCAACUACGACUACAGAGUUCUUCUAUGAAUACUACGUUGACGAGGUCCCGCCAUUUUCACGGUCUUCCGGACACGCCCAUCGAAGUGACCCAAGGUGCCUCGCUGAACGUGACCUGUGCCGCCGAGGGAACGCCCAUGCCCUACGUUCAGUGGGUGAAGAGAGACGAGAACUUGCAUCGCAUCAACAUGUCCGAACGUGUUUUGGGCGAGGCCAUCCUGGUUCUUGACGGCGUCUCGGACUCGGACUCCUACACCUGUGAGGCCGAGUCCGAGAGUGGGUUCGUGUCGAGGGAGAUCGACGUCCUCGCGCUGGGGCCGCCGCCUCCACAGAACGUGCGGCUGAGUUUCCUGACGGAGACGCAGGCGGCGAUCGCCUGGGACCCGGUGGAGGAAGCCAAGUUCUACACGGUGUUCAAGAACUACUCCUCUUCUCAGGGCGAGGCGGUGGACGUCUUCGAGAGCACUAUUUACACCUUCGCAGGUCUGGAGCCGUACACGAAAUACGAGUUCCGAGUGGCGGUGGUCACGGCCAACGACCAGAUAGCUCUGUCGGACUCCAUCUUCGCAAUCACUGGAGAUACAGCGCCCGACCAGCCCACGAUUGAGGGCCUCGACGCCGUGCUGAAGUUCUCCGUCGGGGACACCGUGAACCUCACGUGUUCCAGCGGAGGGGGUCUCUCGCCUCGGGUCAUGAGGUGGUUCAAGGACGGCGUGGAGAUGGCCAGCGCCGAGAGCAGCUCGGGCGUGGAGCUGAGCCUCGUCCUGCAGGAGGAGGACGACGGGGCCGAGCUGCUGUGCCAGGCGAAGAACUACGUGGCUGCGGUUAAUACCUCUGUGGUCGCCCGUAUCAAGGAAGGUGCGUAGCUUCUGAUGUUUUUUCUUCUGUUUUUGGAGUGAUUGAUGUUCUAGAGGAACUUUUGAAUUUGGUUGAAUGUGAAAAUACAUGUAUGACAUUUAUUUAGGAUAUCGAGAAAUGUCCUGAUGAUUUUUUAAGAAGCAUUAUAUCGCCAUAGA